CUUGCCACAUUCCUAUGCUGAGCUCUGCACUGUGGUAAUAGUACAUGAAGGAAUGGCAGGAAAGCAUGCUGUGCUCAAUGAAGGAGAGGAGAAUGAAAUGGAAAUAUUUGGAUAUAAAUCAGAGAGGUGGAGGAAAGUUCUCUGUUUUCUGGGUUACAUAUUAUCCAUAGGACUCCUUAGAUUAUUCUUUUAUUGGAAGCCAGAGCUGGAUGUUUGGUGUCACUGCGUUCCAUGUAAUUUAGCAGAUGCUGAUACUGUCUUACUGCAAACAACUGGAGAAUUUAAAUACUACAUAAAGAAGUUGGUGAUCCAGGCCAGCCUUCAAAGAACAACAAAACCUGGAGAGCCAGCUAUUAAGGAUGAAAAUUCAUUUAUAUUCAAAUCAAUAAUAGAGCCAGAAGGGAAGGUGAGAUACAUAAAGGUGCAAAAAAUACGUUAUGUAUGGAUCCCCUCUGAAGGAAAGUUUAUGAAAAUUGGUGUUCUGGAGGAAAGCCUUUCUUGCUCAGACAUACACUCAAAAUAUAGUUUAGGCCUUACCAAAGAGGAACAAGAAAUCAGACAACAGAUCUGUGGACUAAACACCAUUACAGUGAAGAUCAUUCCUGUGUGGAAACUGCUGUCAAAAGAGGUUUUCAACCCAUUUUAUGUGUUCCAGGCUUAUUCUUUAAGUAUAUGGAUUGCAACAUCUUACAUUGAAUAUAGUUUAGCUAUUUUACUUAUGACCAUAAUGUCUAUUUCUGCUACAGUAUAUAAUUUAAGAAAGCAAUCAAUCAAACUGCACAGAAUGUCAGCAUCCUACAAUAGCAUUUUGGUUUCGGUGCUACGUAAAAAUGGAGAACUUGAAGAAGUACAGUCUCAGUCCUUGGUACCAGGUGAUGUCAUUGUUUUUAGCGGAAACAAGCUUUUCUUACCGUGUGACGCUAUAUUAAUCAGCGGAGGGUGCACUGUGAAUGAGGCAAUGUUAACUGGUGAAAGUAUUCCUGUGACAAAGACAGCACUACCAAAAGUUACCAACUCCAUUCCAUGGAUGACACACAGUGGUGAAGACUACAAAAAACAUAUCCUUUAUUGUGGAACUGAGGUCAUUCAGACUAAAAGAAGUGGUCAAGAUCUAGUAAAAGCUGUUGUCCUACAAACUGGAUUCAAUACUGCAAAGGGAGAUCUAAUGAGAGCAAUUCUGUAUAACAAACCAAUGAAUGUUAAACUGCAUAGAGAGGCCAUUAGGUUUCUCAUGGUACUUGUGGCUUUUGCUUUAUUUGGAGUUAUCUAUACUGCAUUGGUGCACGCAAAGAAUGGGGCCAGUGUUCAUGACAUUGUACUCAUGUCAUUUCUAAUGCUAACAGUCGCAGUAAAUGCAGCCCUUCCAGCCUCUAUCACACUUUGUCUUCUGUAUGGUCAAACAAGGCUGAAGAAAAAAGAUAUCUUCUGCAUCAGUCCUCAAAGGAUCAAUUUAGCUGGGCAGCUAAAUCUUUUAUGUUUCGAUAAAACUGGCACUUUAACAGAAGACAUUUUGGAUUUAUAUGGUGUUCUUCCUUGUGAAAAAAGCUGUUUCCAGGAUAUGAUAUGUUUCACUUCUUCUAAUAAUCUACAUUGGAGCCCAUUGCUUGAAGCAAUGACAAGUUGUCACUCACUUAUCAAAUUGGAUGGAAAAUUACAAGGUGAUCCAUUAGACAUGAAGAUGUUUGAUGGUACCGGCUGGGAACUUGAAGAUUACAAGGCGACCAUCAAAGAAGAUGAUCUAAUAAAUAGCUGCACAAUGGUUAAACCUGGACCUAAUGCUGCAAAGGCACCAGUGGAAGGAAUCUUUAUUCUGCACCAGUUUCCAUUCUCUUCUAGUUUACAGCGCAUGUCUGUGAUUACUCAGGUUAUUGGAGAGAGUAACAUGACAGUGUUCAUGAAAGGAGCACCUGAAAUGGUUGUUCGCUUUUGCAAACCCGAAACAGUCCCAAACAGCUUCUCUAAAAAACUUGAGAACUACACAUCACAAGGCUUCCGAGUAAUUGGGCUAGCAUAUCGGUCACUGGAAGAAGAAGGUCUACCAAAGUUUUCUGACAUAGACAGGGAAGUAGUGGAAUGUGACCUCACGUUUCUUGGCUUAUUGAUCCUGGAAAAUCGUCUUAAACCAGAAACCAAUGCAGUACUAGAAGAACUCAGUGAAGCCAACAUUAGGGCUGUGAUGGUUACAGGUGAUAACCUUCAGACAGCUGUGACAGUUGGGAAAAAAUCCAGGAUGAUUCCUUCCAGCAGUAAGAUUAUUAUGUUGGAGGCUCGUGAACCUAAUAAAGAUUCACCAGCUUCAGUUACAUGGAAAACUUUAACUGAAAGUCAAGCAAAUGGAAACCAUUUAAAGACUAAAGAGUCACAUAUUAAUGUUGGUGAAGGAUGGAUUAAUAUUCCAACCACCUUGGGAAACUUUCACUUUGCAAUGAAUGGAAAAUCCUAUCAAAUUUUGACUCAACAUUUCUCCAAUUUGCUCCCAAAAAUAUUAUUAAAUGGAACCAUUUUUGCAAGAAUGACUCCAAAGCAAAAAUCAAGCCUUAUCGAAGAGCUUCAAAAAUUAGACUACUUUGUUGGUAUGUGUGGAGAUGGAGCUAAUGAUUGUGGGGCACUUAAAAUGGCUCAUGUGGGAAUUUCCCUGUCUGAACUAGAGGCUUCUGUUGCGUCUCCAUUUACUUCCAAAAUUCCAAACAUUGAAUGUGUUCCAUUGCUCAUCAAGGAAGGUCGAAAUACUCUUGUUACAUCAUUCUCCAUCUUCAAAUUCUUGACCAUGUUUCAGUUCAUUGGAAUAGUUUGCAUAUUAUUUCUUUUUUGGAAACAAACCCUUCUUGGAAACUACCAAUACCUCAUGCAAGAUUUGGCUAUCAACAUAACAGUUACCCUGACAAUGAGUUUAAACCAUCCAUCCCCAAAGUUGGCUCCUUACAGACCCUCUGGACAGCUCCUCUCUCCUCCUUUAUUACUCUCCAUUUUUAUGCAUCUUGCUUUUAGUGUGAUUGUCCAAUCCACCGCUUUCUUUCUGCUUCUACAACAGCCAUGGUUCGAUGAAACAGAUGUUUUCAGUGCAUGUCUUCCUCAAAAUUACAGCACAGGAAAUGUGACAAUGAGAGAACAUAGAUAUGCUGAGAACUAUUUAACAACAACAAUGUUUCCCAUAACUGGCUUCCAUUUAAUUAUUGUGGAAAUUGUGUUUGCCAAAGGGAGGCCAUUCCGACAGCCUUUAUAUACCAACUAUCUUCUAUCAAUUUUGAUUAUUAUUCAAGUUGCAGCUUAUUUGUUUGUUGUUUUUGCUGAUAUUGACACAUUGUACACUGCUAUGGAGCUUGUUUGUACCCCAUAUUACUGGAGAGUGAACAUCUUGAUCAUGGUCCUUGUUCUCUUUGUUGUGUCAUAUAUUGCAGAGACAUGGUUUAUUGAAAACAGAAAACUCUGGCUCUGGAUAAAGAGAAUAUUCAAUUACAAAUCAAAGAGCCAAUACAGAAAGUUACAAAGGAAACUGCAGAAAGAUCCAGAGUGGCCUCCACAGAACAGAACGGACUAUGCUAUCCAAAAAACCUUUGUAGAGGAAUGUGACAUUGUUGCUGACAGUAACCCCCAUUAUUGCACUGCACCAAGUCUUGACAAAGAAUCUGAAGAAACAUUUGUAACUGUAAUGUGAACAUUAUAGUGUUAAAAGGUGUAAAAAUAAAUGAAAUUUGUGUUUUCCUGGUGAAAUGUGAACCAAUUAUAUUCUUAUGUAAAAUCCUUAUGUAGAUUAAUUUAGAUAAAGAUAUAUUCAAAGGCAUUUAAAAAUGUACUGUAAUGCAAUACUAUACAUAUUUCAUUCAGUCACUUAUAUAUGUUAGCACUGCAGCAAUCUAUGAAUAUAGCCAAAAAUUAUACUGCAGGCAAGUGAAAUGCAAAGCGAUAGACCUUCUGGCAAAGGGGUUGUCCAGGAUAAAGCUUUUCAAAUAUCCACCUUAUACUAGAAUAAGAAACUUUUCAAUAUGUUUAGAACCCUUCUACCUUCCUUUUUUAUGGAGCCCACUGUACUGAGCGUCACUGCAUGCAAAUAUUGUAAUGGUGCUUACAUCCAUACUUGACAGUCUGCAGAAAGUAUCGGACACUUGUGCCAGGUAUGAACAGGCUGCAGUUGUGUCACAUAUUUGACAUGGUUGUUUGUCAGAAAGCUUGUUUGUGCAAUUUGAUUGGUGUCCAUUACAUUGCACAGAUUAUAUGGUGGGUGGACCUUAAGUAUAAAUGUACUAUUUAAAGGGGUACUCCGGCGCAAAGACAUCUUAUCCCCUAUCCAAAGGAUAGGGGAUAAGAUGCCUGAUUGCAGGGGUCCUACUGCUGGCACCCCGUUACCAUCAGCCCCCCAGAGCAUGUUCGCUCCGGGUCUGAUGACUGGCGAUCAUGGGGCCGGAGUAUUGUGACGUCACAGCUCCGCCCCGUGUGAUGUCACGCUCUGCCCUCUCAAUGCAAGCCUAUGGGAGGGGGCGUGACAGCUGUGGCCUCCAUUGGAAUGCAGGGGGGUAUUAUUUUUUUUAACAAACAGUAUAUUAUGAAGUCCUAGAAUAGGCAUAGACAACCUUCAGCUAUGCAGAUGUUUUGGACUACAUC